AUGACCGUCAACGAAGAGAAUGAGAUCACGGAGGCCUGGCUGGUAAAUGAUGCCAAGACGCUCGGCAUCAUCGCUCAAGGCGUUGAGAUCCAGCACCAGACCAAAAUUCGAUCGGCUUCGCACGCCAGGGAAGCAUGGGGAACCCUCCGCGAUUUCUACCAUCGUUCGACUCUUCACAACCGUGUGGUGAUGACUCGUCAACUGCACGAGUUUAAGAUGGAUAGUGGAACUAUCAUAGCAGAGCAUCUGAAUUCUGUUGUUGAGCUGGUAGUGGGACUCCAGACUACGGGAGGGUCAGUUGAUGAGUCACGUCAACUGGUUGCUCUUAUCAGUAAUCUGCCGUCAGAGUAUGACUUCAUUUCGUUGAUUUUGGACAAUGCAAAAGACAUCACGUUGAUUGGAGUCAAGGAGAACCCGCUCAAAAAAUCGGGAUAG